AUGAUAGCUGUGAUUGGAUUGAUUCUGGGUUUUCUGGUUUCAGCAUUGUUCUUGAUCCAAGGAAAGCGAAGAAGAUCAAACGGUGAUCAGGAGAAGAAGCGGCCCGGUAACGAGCCUGUAGAUUCAAAGCCUAAAAGUUACAGCAAGAGUGAAGUCGCAUUACAUAACAAAAGAGACGAUUGUUGGAUCAUAAUCAAAGAUAAGGUCUAUGACAUUACUUCUUAUGUUGAAGAGCAUCCUGGUGGUGACGCCAUUCUAGAUCAUGCUGGUGAUGACUCUACUGAUGGGUUUUUCGGACCACAACACGCCACUCGUGUUUUCGACAUGAUCGAUGAUUUCUACAUCGGAGAACUUUCUCAGUAA